AUAUUUGUAAUAAAUUAGUUUAUAUAAAAAAAAUCUCAAACUCAAAUGACAUUUACAGAGUGAUUCUUGCGAUUUUCACAUUGCUGUAAGAGAGAUAGCUACGCAGGUGUGGAAGAAAUCCUCCCAUUUUGAACGAUUGACCUAGCCAGAGUCCAAUAUGGCGGGAAGCGACGGCGACGCUCGUAUGAAUUCACGCGCACGUGGCUUUGGAGGUGCGACGAACCCAUUUGCUGGUGUUUUAGCCACUCGUCGUAUCACAACAGUUCGCCAAUGAAGGCGUCGACUGCCCACAAUCCCACAUGGCACGCCUCGUCCUCCCUCUGCUGAUCAUCCUCGUGGCGGCGGCUGCUGCCAUCCCUGCGCUGGCCAAUGCGGCGACGCCGACGGAAGCGGAGGCGCUGCUGGCGUGGAAGGCCAGCCUGCAGGACGACGCGGCCGCGCUGUCCGGGUGGAGCCGCGCCGCGCCGGUGUGCGCGUGGCGCGGCGUGGCCUGCGACGCCUCCGCCGCCGCCGGCGCCCGCGUCGCGAAGCUGCGGCUCCAGGGGCUGGGGCUCGGCGGCGGCCUCGACGAGCUCGACUUCGCGGCGCUCCCGGCGCUGGCCGAGCUCGACCUCAACGGGAACAACUUCACCGGCGCCAUCCCCGCGAGCAUCACGCGGCUGCGCUCGCUGACCUCGCUCGACCUCGGCAAUAAUGGCUUCAGCGACUCCAUCCCGCCGCAGUUCGGCGACCUCUCCGGCCUCGUCGACCUCCGCCUCUACAACAACAACCUCGUCGGCGCCAUCCCGCACCAGCUAAGCCGUCUCCCCAAUAUUAUCCAUUUUGACCUGGGAGCAAACUACCUGACCGACCAGGACUUCGGCAAGUUCUCGCCGAUGCCCACCGUCACGUUCAUGUCGCUCUACCUCAACUCCUUCAAUGGCAGCUUCCCGGAGUUCGUCCUCAGGAGCGGCAACAUCACCUACCUCGACCUGUCGCAGAAUACUCUGUUCGGGAAGAUACCGGACACGCUGCCGGAGAAGCUCCCGAAUCUGAGGUACCUCAACCUGUCCAUCAAUGCGUUCUCCGGCUCGAUUCCGGCGUCGCUCGGGAAGUUGAUGAAGCUGCAGGACCUGCGGAUGGCCGGCAACAAUCUCACCGGCGGCAUCCCGGAGUUCCUUGGGUCGAUGCCGCAAUUGAGGAUUCUUGAACUCGGCGACAACCAGCUCGGCGGGGCGAUCCCGCCGGUUCUUGGCCGGCUCCAGAUGCUGCAGCGGCUCGACAUCAAGAACUCCGGCCUUGUCUCAACUCUGCCGUCGCAGCUGGGAAAUCUGAAGAAUCUCAUUUUCUUCGAGCUGUCCUUGAACCGGCUCUCCGGUGGCUUGCCGCCGGAGUUCGCCGGGAUGCGGGCAAUGCGGUACUUCGGCAUUUCCACGAACAACCUCACCGGUGAGAUCCCGCCGGCGUUGUUCACGAGCUGGCCGGAGCUCAUAGUGUUCCAAGUGCAGAACAACUCGUUGACCGGCAAAAUUCCAUCGGAGCUCAGCAAGGCAAGGAAACUGGAAUUCCUUUACCUAUUCAGCAACAACCUUAGCGGUUCCAUCCCGGUAGAGCUCGGCGAGCUGGAGAACCUGGUAGAGCUAGAUUUGUCGGAGAACUCGCUCACCGGACCGAUCCCCAGCUCGCUCGGCAAGCUCAAGCAACUCACUAAGUUGGCGUUGUUCUUCAACAACCUCACCGGUACGAUCCCACCUGAGAUUGGCAACAUGACAGCGUUGCAAAGCUUCGACGUGAACACCAACCGUCUGCAAGGUGAGCUCCCUGCCACCAUCUCGUCCCUCAGGAACCUUCAGUACCUCUCCGUGUUCAACAACUACAUGAGCGGCACCAUUCCGCCGGACCUCGGCAAGGGCAUAGCCUUGCAGCACGUGAGCUUCACCAACAACAGCUUCUCCGGCGAGCUGCCGCGCCACAUCUGCGACGGCUUCGCGCUGGACCAACUCACGGCGAACUACAACAACUUCACCGGCACGCUGCCGUUGUGCCUGAAGAAUUGCACGGCGCUAUACCGGGUCCGGCUGGAAGAGAACCACUUCACCGGCGACAUCUCGGAGGCCUUCGGCGUCCACCGCAUCCUGCAAUAUUUGGACGUCUCCGGGAACAAGCUUACCGGUGAGCUGUCCUCUGACUGGGGACAGUGCACCAACCUCACCUAUCUGUCUAUCAAUGGUAACAGCAUAUCCGGCAACCUUGAUUCGACCUUUUGUAAAUUGUCAUCUCUUCAGUUUUUGGAUCUAUCGAAUAACCGAUUCAAUGGUGAGCUCCCAAGUUGUUGGUGGGAGUUGCAAGCUUUACUGUUUAUGGACAUCUCCGGCAACGACUUUUAUGGUGAAUUGCCAGCAACAGAAAGCCUUGAACUUCCUCUACAAUCGAUGCAUCUCGCUAACAAUAGUUUCUCUGGAGUUUUCCCAAAUAUUGUUCGCAAAUGUGGAGCGCUUGUUACCCUAGAUAUGGGGAACAACAAGUUCUUUGGCCAUAUUCCCUCUUGGAUUGGAAUUAGUCUUCCUCUCCUAAGAAUUCUUAUCCUUCGAUCAAAUAAUUUCAGUGGAGAGAUUCCUACAGAAUUAUCCCAACUUUCUGAGCUUCAACUUCUUGACUUGGCCAGCAACGUGUUAACUGGAUUCAUCCCAACAAGUUUUGGCAACUUAUCAUCCAUGACACAAGCAAAAACCUUGCCAGCGACAGAAUAUUUUAACGCGGAAAGCAGUCCUUUUCAGCCAGAAGUACCCCAGGUUCCCAAGCCUCACCGCAGAAGAGAACCCAAAAAUCAGUCCCCUCUUGAUCAGUCUAGAGACAGAGUUAGCAUACAAUGGAAGGGACAUGAAGAAACUUUUCAAAGAACAGCUAUGUUAAUGACAGGCAUUGAUUUAUCAGGCAAUUCACUUUACGGUGAAAUCCCAAAAGAGCUAACAUACCUUCGGGGCCUCCGGUUUUUGAACUUGUCAUGGAACGAUCUAUCAGGCAGUAUUCCAGAAAGAAUUGGCAAUUUGAAUAUCUUGGAGUCCCUUGACUUGUCAUGGAAUGAGCUUUCAGGUGUUAUCCCCGCAAGCAUUUCAAAUCUGUCAUGCCUCAGUGUGUUAAAUCUCUCAAACAACCACUUAUGGGGAAGCAUACCCACAGGAAGACAACUUCAGACAUUUGUGGAUCCCUCAAUUUAUAGCAACAAUUUGGGCCUUUGUGGCUUCCCUUUGAUAAUAGCCUGCCAGGCAUCUAGAUUGGAUGAGAAAAAUGAAGAUCAUAAAGAACUUGAUAUAUGUUUAUUUUACUCUUUAAUUCUUGGCAUUGUUUUCGGGUUUUGGCUUUGGUUUGGAGUUCUAAUUUUACUUAAGCCAUUAAGAGUUUUUGUUUUUCAUUCUGUUGACCACAUAGAAAGAAGCUAUGCAAAUUGCAGAAGAUGUAUGCACUAAGUAUUCUUCAGAUGCAAAUCAGCAACCAAAUAAUAUGCCCCUGUUGCUUUUCCUCGACAGAAUUAUAUGUCAAUGUCAUGAUUUUCAUUUA